AAAUAACUGGAUUUUUCUUGCAACUUAUACCUGAUAACCAGGAGACUGUGGGCGCCGUGAAACUAAUGGACGCACAGCGCAUUUGGACAAUACUGUAGUGACAAAAAGACCAAGAACUGCUCUGCUGGCUUCUCAAAGGGCUGCUUUAGUGAAACCAAUCUCGUUCUUAUCAUUAUCAUUAUCAUCUGCAAGGAUGCCCGGGGCACUUCUAUCAGCGGAGUCGCUCUAUAUAGGGAUGGAGGUGGUGAUUGCACUCGCGUCUGUAAUCGGGAAUGUGAUGGUGGUUUGGGCGGUGAAAAUUAAUAAAUCGUUGCGAGAUACCACGUUUUGUUUUAUCGUGUCCCUGGCUCUGGCGGAUAUUGCAGUGGGAGCCCUCGUCAUCCCUUUGGCCAUUACUAUCAGCAUCGGACUUCAAACUCACUUUUACAGUUGCCUGCUAGUGGCGUGCACGGUGCUGGUGCUGACGCAAAGUUCAAUCUUGGCCCUUCUGGCCAUCGCAAUUGACCGCUAUCUCAGGGUCAAGAUCCCGACCAGGUACAAGCGGGUGGUGACCCCUCGGAGAGCAGGACUGGCGGUGGUGAUAUGCUGGACGGUGGCUUUCAUUGUGGGGUUCACUCCCAUGUUAGGCUGGAACAACCUGAGGCGUCUGCAGCAGAACGGCUCCAUCAGCUCUGACCUCGUUAUUACCUGCCAGUUCGAAAAUGUCAUCAGCAUGGACUACAUGGUCUAUUUCAAUUUUUUUGGCUGGGUGCUGCCACCGCUGUUGCUCAUGCUGGUCAUCUAUGCAGAGAUCUUCUACAUGAUCCACAAGCAACUUAACAGUAAAAAGUUCACCACCAGUCACACAGACCCCAACAAAUACUAUGACAAGGAGCUGAAUCUUGCCAAAUCUCUGGCUCUGGUUCUUUUUCUCUUUGCCAUCAGCUGGCUGCCUCUUCAUAUCAUCAACUGCAUCACACUGUUCUGUCCAGAGUGCAAGAAGCCCAUAGUCCUCAUCUACAUCGCCAUCCUGCUCACCCACGGUAACUCUGCUGUCAACCCAAUUGUCUACGCUUUCCGCAUUAAGAAGUUCCGCACAGCUUUCCAGAAAAUCUGGCAGCAAUACUUUUGCUGCAAGGACACACCAGCUCUGGAGAUUCAGCCCAGCGACAGGAAAGAGAUGCCGAAUCCAGAGCCAAAGCAGGAGACGCCACCGCAGCCCCCUCAGCCCCCUCAGCCCCCUCAGCCCCCUCAGUCCCCUCAGUCCCCUCAGUCCCCUAAGUCUCCUCACAUGGAAACCUUAAAGUCUGACCCCCCACAACAGGAGCCACCUCCACCUGAGCAGCAGCAGGACCAGAGGACCGAACCACCGCAACAACCUAAAGAACAUCCACCCUUACUGGAGCAUAACGCAGUCUAA